AUGUUGAAUGACCUUACCACCAUACUAGUGAAAUUCCGUCUCCAUGGUUACGCCAUCACAACAGACAUUGAGAAAGCCUUCCUUCAUGUCGGAUUAAAUGAAGGAGACCGAGACGCUACCAGAUUUCUAUGGACAAGCGAUACUUCUAAUCCCAACAGCCCAUUACAAACUUACCGUUUCAAGUCCGUGUUAUUUGGUGCCACCUGCUCGCCAUUCAUGCUUAGUGCGACCAUUUUGAAACAUCUUGAAAUAAACAAGCACGUGCCCGCAGCCAAGAUCAUCGAGAAAGAUAUAUACGUGGACAAUAUACUUUCAAGCUUCGAGAAAGAGUCAGAUCUACUAACCUACUUCACAGAGUCCCGACGUUUGAUGUCCAGCGCAUGUAUGAACCUCCGUUCAUGGACCUCCAACAGUGAAACACUUAGAUCCCGUGCAAAAAAAGAGAAUGUGCUAGAUACGGACGAAGUUGUUAAGAUACUUGGAAUGAGAUGGAACCCGGUCAAGGAUGAAAUGUCAUUUGCUGAAAGAAACAUCCCAAUCCUAGAUGUCGUUACGAAGAGAACCAUUCUAAAAUACUCAUCCCAGAUCUAUGACCCCCUUGGUCUACUUAGCCCCGUGUCCGUCAGUGCAAAGAUCUUACUUCAAGAACUAUGGAAAGCCAAAUAUGACUGGGAUACCGCUUUACCCGAUCAUAUAUGCGAGACCUGGAACCAGCUAGCUAAAUCCCUCAACAGAGCUACAGGUGUGAACUUUUCCCGACAAUUCUUACCCUCAGUGAACAGUGAAACCAGCCUUCAUAUAUUUGUAGAUGCAAGCGUCAAAUCCUACGGAGCAGCAGCCUACAUUUGCGACCAAUCACAAUCUAGACUCGAAAUGGCAAAGAACAGAGUAGCGCCACUAAAGACAUUAACCCUACCCCAACUUGAACUGAUGGCAGCAUUGAUUGGAGCAAGACUUUCAUCCCACCUACAUAAGUCCAUACCCCCACAGAAAGUGACAUUUUGGUCAGACAGCCAGAUUGUACUCCACUGGCUAACUACAUCCAAAUCAUUGAAACGCUUUGUCCAAAACCGAGUAGACGAAAUCCACCAGCUAACAGAUCAAUCACCAUGGAGGUAUUGCCACACCCAUGAAAACCCAGCAGAUUUACUGAAACGUGGUGUAUCAGCAGAUACCUACCUUGACAACCAGUUAUGGAACGCCGGUCCGACAUGGUUACCUCACUCAGAAGAAUGGCCUACUUGGAAAUACGACCAGUCAAUUCUGCAGAAGACAUCCGAAAGUGAAGACACGAGUUCUCAGGAGGCGACAAAUUUGGUAACAUUAAAUUGCACGGAGAUCACGGGCGUUCAUAGAGCCAUCAACAUAGAGAAGUACAGUAUUACCUGA